CUGUGGAGGCAGAGGGGUAGGAGGGAUGGGUUGUGAGGAGAGGCAGCAAAUCCUCAUCCUGUGGGGCUGCAAUGAGAGACCAAGAAAGAUAGGGGUACUGAGAGAGAGAGGAGAGAGAGAGAGCCAGAGAGCAUGAGAGAGUGAGAAAGAGAAGAGAGGGAGGGGACAGAGAGAGGGAGCAGUUUGUAUCUGCAGCACUGCAAGGACAAACUGCUCAGGCUAAGGAGAAGAGCCACACUCCACACACACACACAGAAGCUAGCCUGAGGAAAGCCCUGAUACGUAGAAUACAAUACGACCACAGUAACGCUGAUGAUGAUGAGCAGCUGGGGAAAGCAGACACGCUGGGACUGAAGGACUAUAGCGUCACAAUAACUUCAGAUCAAAGAGGUGGAAAUCCCAUAUGCAGGGGGUUGUGGCUCUAUACACGGGAGAAGAGCCCAGACUGGACGAGACUUUAUUCAUCUAAACUAUUGCUACACUAUUGCGUGCUUUGCUGUGUUUCAGUGCCCUGUGCUGUGCAGUCUAAUUUAACACACCGUUUGAGGUCUUCGUAUUGUUCCUGUAUCGCAGAGCCAUAGUGCGUUGUGUCGUGCUGAGCUGUGUUGCACUGUGCCGUGCUUUGAUGUGUUAGAUUUUGCGGCGGUGUCAGAGCUCGUUGACGUGAUUGUGACUGCUACGGUGACUGUGACUGUGACUGACCAUGAGCGGGAGCAAGAAGAGCGAGCUGGAGAUGCGAGACAAGGCCAUCCUCCACCAGCAGAGGCGUCUGAAGCAGGCCACGCAGUUCUCACACAAGGACUCCGCUGACCUGCUGCCCCUGGACGGGCUCAAGAGGCUGGGCACCUCCAAAGACUUGCAACCACACAGCAUUGUGCAGCGGCGCCUCCUAGAGGGCAAUAUUACGCGGCUGCGGGGGGAGACCCGCGACGCCGCCACCAGGGUGCGCUCUCCCCUGGCGGACAGCAAGGAAGGCGGAGAGACGGAGGAGAAGAGCGAGAGCACGGCAGAGGACUCCACGGAGGAGAGGGAGUCCCCGGAAGAGAGCGAGAGGAGCCUGAAGUCCGAUGAGGAAGAGGAUGAAGAGGGGAAGAGGAGGAACGUGGAGGAGAAGCGCACGGCGGAGAAGGAGAUGGUGGGGAAGCAGCAGGAGGGCAGGCCAGGAGUGGAGGAGACUGAGAGAGCCCUCACUCUGACAGCCUUGGUGGUGCGAUGCAAGUGCUGCGAAACAGAAGUGAAGGCCUCCAUCAACACUGGCUGCCAACAUAACAGCAUUUCUUUAGCCUGCUGCAGGAGGCUCGGGCUAAUGCCCGCUCCGGAAGACCGAGCCUACGAGCAGACAGUGGGCCACCGUCCGGUUGUCAGCACGACGCUGCCUCACACGGUGGAAGGCUUGCAGCUGCAGCUGGGCAGAGAGAGGACGCUGUGCUCGGCUUGUGUUGUCGAAGAUGAAGUGUUUGAGUUGUCCCUCGGUCUUCAUACACUGCUGGAACUCAAAUGCUGUGUGGAUCUCAGCAGCCGGGUCCUGAGGCUCUCUGGCUCUGGAGAUGAGCUGCCAUUCCUGGACAUGCAGACCGAAGGCCAGUUUCACCACGACAACAACAAAAACACCACCAUGUGACACCCCUGUCUCAUCUUUGUCGCUGGUGGUACUGCCCCCCCACCCCCCCCCCCCCAUCCCACUCUACUGUCUCUCCUGGCCAGCCUGGAGGUGGUCACUGCUUUCUCCUCACUUUACACAACCAUGUUUGUUUUGCUAAGAUUAUUUAUGCUGUCUUCUGUUUCUCAAAUUUCUUCUUGUCUGUUUUUUCUGUAUUGAACAUGUUUUUACUGGUGCAUAUGUUGGAGAGAUCAAGGGGAAAAAAUUUUCUAUGUGUCAAUCUUUGCAAGCGUGUAUUUAAAUGAAGAGAGCUCACUACUAGUAUUUUCUACAAAAGUCUUAACUGAAUCUGUACGUGUGCACAAGAAAAAUAUGGAUGCCUCACAGAGGUCACAUUCAUCUCUGUUUUGCUUGUGUUUCUGACACGUCUCUCUUGUCUAAGAGACGAGCAGCAUGGCUGGGGUUUGUACCACUGGCAGGUGAGGGAAGGAUACAUCUCACCCAGCUGACGCAAUAUGUGGUCUGUCCAAUUAAAAGCAGAAACCAAGGUAUCAGUGUGAUGGUAUCAAGUGUUUAAUAUCUUGGAUGAAAUAUUAGUGGAGGGCCCAAGGGUGGGGUGGGUUGGUGGGAGCAGAUAUUUAGUAUUUUUGUCAGUCUGUACAGUCUCAAAACAUUCCACAUCCUGGCUGACCAUGUCACCAGUGAACAAGAGCAAAUAGGUUCUGCAUGCUUCUUAAGAUUCGGGCAGCUGUGUGUAUGUGUGUAUGUGUGUGUGUGGGUGGGAGCUCUGUUUUCACUCUUGCCAGUGUUCCAAGCCAGAAAAAGUAAUAUAUUGCUGCUCUGUGAAAUUUCCAAUCAUGGUUACACAGGUCACUAUGUGACCUUAGCUGCCUUCCCACAUCUCCUACAGGGCACAUCCAUCACUGUGGUCUGAGGCUUAUGCUGUCCCUAGGCCCUGCUAUAGGACCAUAAAAAUAAACCGCUGGCUUUGUCUGGGAAGCACCGCUAUAUCGUCACUUGGCCUGUCUUAUUCUGCUUCCCCUGAGGUUAAUAGCAUUCAUAUUUUGGUGAUCCGAUUUGUGCAAAAUUGAAAUGUCUACCGCCUUUGACUUGGCUUGUCAUGUCCUUUGCCAUGGCUUCUGUUCUAACACCUGGGCCAGCUAAUUCUCUGCAAACUGUCACAUUACUUUCCGGACAGCCUUACUGGAUGAUCUUCAGUCAUGUACAUAGAUAUUGAGCUCUCGAUCUGCUCACACAUACAGUAUGUUACACAAACCGCUUAUAUCAUCUCUAGUUCUGGACUAUCAAGCAUUUUUUCCAUGAAGACAAUACAUUAAUUUUUCAUUCUGUGUCAAGCUGCAAUGCAAUGCAAAAAGUAAUCUUUCUAGAAACUAUUUCUCAUUAUAUGAUUAUUUAUCACUGAAUAAGAAUAUACAGUAUUAAAUUAAUGUUUUUAGAUUAUUUAUUUUCUUAUUUCCUUCUUAUUUAUUGUUAUUAAUAACAAUAUAUGUUGGGGCCAUAUGUUUGAAAGAGGAGGAAUUCUUUUAUAACACUUAAUUUUCUGUAUUCUUUGGUAAAUAAUGAAUAAAUGAGAACUAUGAAAAUUAUUUUUUUUGCAGUGUACACGUAUAGAUAGUAAGAAACAAGUGUCUGACAGAAGUUAUUUUGUGUGUUUUUCUGAACAGUAUUUUCUCUGCUUAAUAAAAAUAUGUAUUCUGGCUAA